ACCAGCCCCCCCCAGUGGUGCGCCAAUGUGAUUGUGUUGGCUUUGUCUCAUUGGGCAGGACGCACAUUGUCGGGUGUUAUAUCCCGUAAAAGCGCAGUGGUCCGUUCAUUUUUUAUUUGCGCUCAGGAAGAUGUCGUCUCUGUACAAGCCGUUCAGUGUUUCCGAUGGGCCGUGUAAAGAUGCGAUAUGGAGACGCGGAUGCAAAUCUGUGCAGCAUCCCGCAGCGCUGAGCUCCGCGCCGUCACCACUACCACCGCCGGCAGGUUUGUGUGUCAUAGCGCGCAGUUUCACCCCAAUUCACAAUGUGUGCGAAGGAAAACGGCGUUUUGCUGCUGCUGCAACGAGCGGGAGGAAAAUCACUCACCCAGGAAAGGCAAUUCUCGCAGGUGGCAUUGCAGGAGGUAUUGAGAUCUGCAUCACCUUCCCGACAGAGUAUGUGAAGACUCAGCUGCAGCUGGAUGAGCGGGCAAAUCCACCUCGUUAUCGAGGGAUAGGGGACUGUGUGAAGCUGACUGUUCAGUAUCACGGUUUCAGAGGGCUGUACAGAGGCCUGAGUUCACUACUCUAUGGCUCCAUCCCAAAGUCUGCAAUUCGGUUUGGCACGUUUGAGGUCCUGAGCAACCCGAUGAGAGAUGAUACUGGUCGCCUUGAUAACACUCGCAGCUUGCUGUGUGGCCUGGGAGCGGGAAUCGCUGAAGCAGUGCUAGUGGUCUGUCCAAUGGAAACACUCAAGGUGAAGUUAAUCCAUGACCAGUGCUCUCUUCGUCCACGGUACAGAGGCUUCUUCCAUGGCGUGCGGGAAAUAAUUCGUGAUCAGGGGGUUCGUGGUACGUACCAAGGGCUGACCGCUACAGUACUGAAACAGGGGAGCAAUCAAGCUAUACGCUUUUAUGUCAUGAACCUUCUGCGCAAUUGGUAUAAAGGUGAUGACCUUACACGUGAGAUACAUCCCCUGGUCACGGCUAUAUUUGGGGCGACUGCAGGUGCAGCAAGUGUCUUUGGAAACACACCUUUGGAUGUGGUGAAGACCAGGAUGCAGGGUCUGGAAGCCCAUCGUUAUAAGAACACGCUAGACUGUGCUUUCCAGAUACUAAAGAAUGAAGGCCCACAAGCGUUCUACAAAGGCACGGUUCCUCGGCUGGGCCGGGUGUGUCUGGAUGUCGCCAUUGUCUUUGUCUUGUACGAGGAGGUUGUAAAGCUUCUGAACAAAGUCUGGCCGACAGACUGAGGACGUUAACAACUUUCUCUGUAGAGAACGAUGACUAAUGUAGACACAGUUGUCGGUGUCACUCAAAUGAUAAGGCUAAGUGUUACACUGAUCCCUGGCUGAGUGCACUGGGUUAGGCAGCCAUGUGUAUAUGAGGGAGGGUGGAGAAUUAAGCUCACAAGUGGUGUUCUGAUGCACAGUGUGUUCCUAAUGUUUGUCUAGCACAUACAUGCAAAGAGUAUUAAGUUGUACCUUCUCACUUGAUGCAAAACCAUGCAACUGUGUUCACUCGCAACUUGUUACUCGUGCUAAUCCACUUGUGUGGCAAAGCGCACAAUUCCCUCGUUCUCAAUUUAACCAACUUGUAUAGUUCUUAAAUUUUUCUAUUAACUGCACUGAAAUAUGUUUAACAAAAUAAAGGAAAUGGUUGAGAUGUA